AUCUGCUUUUUCUGCCGAACGCGGCCAUUAACGAACUACGUCUGUAUCGCAUACCGACUCCGUGCUCGAGAGUAGUGACUUGUAAACAAAACGCCCGCGGAGAGACGCAUGCACGCGAAAAGAUAGCUGAUGAAUCUGACUCGAUUUAUGAAAUAAAAAUCUCUCUCGGGAGCGAAUAGUUUCCUCGCGACUCGAUUGACUUUUCUGUGCCCGGCGUAACUUAGCGUUGCGGUGUCGCUAAUCGAGAUAAGCGAUUGUAACUGGCAUAUUCUGAGGUAGAUCGCUUUGUGAAAAUGCGAUUAUAACCUCAAGGAUUUCGCUCUCAUACUUCCAAACAAGAUUCAUCAUAAAUAUUGUCGACUACGAGCAUAAAUUUAUAACUAUCAAAAAUGGAUCAGAUGCUUCCAAGUCCCGGUUUCAGUAUACCUAGUAUCGGUACACCUCUGCAUCAACCUGAAGAGGAUCAACAGAUUCUGCCGAAUGCUCUGCAACAGCAGCAGCAGUCGCAGCCACAACAAUACCAACAACUGCAGCAAUUACACUCGAUGAGUCCCAAUAUGCAGAGUGGCAUGCUGAUGAUAACGACGCCACAAAAGAAUAUACACACAUAUGCUCCGACUCCGACGUUUGCGACACCACAGAGUCUUAUGCAGCCGCAAACGCCGCAAAAUAUGAUGUCUCCUAUAGUGCCGCAAAACAAUCAAAUAGCGCCUCCGUCGAUAGGUCCUGCAACUCCAGGACCAAUGACGCCAAUGACUCCAGCCUCUGCGGAUCCUGGAAUACUACCACAGUUACAGAACAUUGUAUCUACUGUUAACUUAAAUUGUAAACUGGAUUUGAAAAAAAUUGCACUUCAUGCUAGAAAUGCAGAGUAUAAUCCAAAAAGGUUCGCAGCUGUUAUCAUGCGAAUAAGAGAGCCAAGAACUACUGCAUUGAUAUUCAGUAGUGGUAAAAUGGUCUGUACCGGUGCUAAGAGUGAGGGGGACUCGCGUCUUGCUGCCAGAAAGUACGCAAGAAUUAUUCAGAAAUUGGGUUUUCCCGCAAAGUUCCUAGAUUUUAAAAUACAAAAUAUGGUCGGCAGCUGUGAUGUUAAGUUUCCAAUUAGAUUAGAGGGGUUAGUGCUCUCUCAUGGACAAUUCUCAUCAUAUGAACCAGAGCUGUUUCCAGGUUUAAUCUAUAGGAUGGUCAAGCCUCGAAUUGUAUUACUCAUAUUUGUUUCAGGAAAAGUAGUAUUGACAGGUGCAAAAGUUCGGAAGGAAAUUUAUGAAGCUUUUGAUAACAUCUAUCCAAUACUGAAGAGUUUUAAAAAACAGUGAUUUGAUAGUAUGUUUUUUUUUAUAACGCAAAUUUGUUUUUAAUCAACUCCAUUUUCGAUUGAUCAUAGUCAUUAUUUUGUAUAAAAUUAUGUAGAUAACCAAAUUAUUUGCUAUAUUUGUUGUUAUUGUUAGAUUAUAUAGUUUUGAUUAAUAGAAUAUACAGGUUGUUCCAAAAUCACUGGGUAUCUUUUUCAUUGAAACUUUUCUAGUCUGAAAUCAAUGUUAACGAAAAUGUAGUUCAUGAGUAAUGAAUUAUACAGUCAAAAUAAAUAUUUCUGUUAAGUAAAUUUCAGAAAUAGGAUAAGGGAAAAGAGAUAAGAAGGGGGAAGGGAAGAAUAA